AAGUCAUCAGAAGCCCCGCCCUCUGAGGGCCAACACAACUUUCUGCACUCAGGGUGAAGACAGAGACACAGGCAGCACCGGGUGGAGGCCAUUCAACAGGAGUGACAAAAUAGACCUGAAUGACAACACCAUGAGCCCAUCAUACAAGUCUCUCCCCCAGCACCAAGCUUCUUAGAAGCCCUCCAGAGAGUUCAGGCAUCGGCAAUGUGGCAUUCGUACUUUCUGUUGGCAGUGCUGAGUGCAGGGACUGUAGAACCAGUCACAGCGUACAGUAAUGGGAAGGUAAGUGUUGCCUGUAAAGACAUGGUGCCUCAGCAUGGUUACGAUCCCAGCCUAGACCCUCCUCCGUACAGCAUCACUGUGGACACAUCCACAUUCAGUCCAAGCGACAACGUCACAGUGUCUUUACAAGUUGCCUCCUCCAACACGACAUUCUUCAAGGGGUUCCUGAUAGAAGCUCGGGAUGCUGGGAAAUUGGAGUCCCCAGCAGUGGGUUUCUUCAUCCUGACUGACCCCGCUGAGUCCCAGCUACUACAGUGUGGCCUCAAUAAGGGAUCUGGGGUGAGCCAUGAGAAUGCGAGAAAGACUCAUGUUCAGGCUGUGUGGGAACCUCCAAAUAACCCUCCACAAAGAGUCCAGUUUCUUGUGACAGUGGUGCAAAAGUAUAAGGUGUACUGGGUGAAGAUUGCAGGUCCUGUGGUGUCUUUUAGAGGAGCGACUGCUGUUCCAUCAACUGCUGUUUCUGGUCAAACUACCAGCCCCACUGCUCUGUCCACACCGUUUAGUUCAGCGGGGUGUGGCCACAGUAAAUCUUGCCUCAGAGACCCAGUGGGCUGCCACCCAGAGUCAGACCCCCGCUGUUUCUUCCUGUCCUUUGCGAGUGAUCAAGAAGGAUCAGGUGUGAUGUUCGAACUCAGUGGGCCUGCUGAAGGUUACCUGUCCUUUGCCCUGUCUCUGGACAAAUGGAUGGGGAAUGAUGACGUCUAUCUGUGCGUGAAUGAUGGAGGCAGAGUUACCAUCAGUGCGGCUUAUGUCUCAGGCCGAACACCCCCUGAGCUGAUUACAGAGGAGGACCUGUGGGGUCGGGCGUGGAGGUUGGCUGAUGGGGUCAUCCAAUGUCGUUUCCAAAGAAACAUCCUCGUCCCUCAGGGGGGGAACCGGUUUAACUUAAACCAGAGCUACUUCCUGUUUCUUACACAUGGUAUAUCUCACCAGGGUGUAAUCCACAGACACCAACGGCAACCUCUGAUCUCCACCAAUCAGAAGGCGAUCACCGGAUAUCCGGAGGAUCUGGUUGGCUCCCGCUCCCCCCUGCUGCUCAAGUUCCAUGGUGUGUUAAUGCUGACUGUCUGGAUGUGGACAGUGAGCACAGCCAUCAUCAUUGCUCGCCACUACAAAGACUGCUGGCCUGACACAACUCUGCUGGGACAAAAGCUGUGGUUCCAGCUCCAUCGAACCAUGGCGGUGUUGGCUGUGGUCCUAACGGCUGUGGCCUUCACCCUGCCUUUCAUAUACAGGAUGGGAUGGAGCAAGCAUGCAGCCUCUCAUCCUUACAUCGGUUGCACCGUCAUGGCUCUGUCUGUCAUCCAGCUAAUUGUGGGAUUUCUCAGGCCAGCCCCGGAGUCCCCCAGGAGGAGGAUCUUCAACUGGGUGCACUUGGUAACUGGCACUGCUGGCCAGAUACUCGCUGUGGGGUGUGUGUUCCUGGGUGUUGCCCAGCAGACGCUGCCGUUACCCAGCCCCUGGUCUUCUGCAGUGCUGACUGGAUGGCUGCUGUGGAUCGUGCUGGCAGACCUGCUGCUCCAAAACCAUUCCUACAGACUGCGGAGUAGAGGAAACCACAACGGUGACGACAAAGAGAGCCUUUUGUUUGCUCAGUUGGAGAUGCAGCAGCAUAGAGAGGGAUCUAAAGUCAAGAAGAUGGUGCUAGUGGUGUUCGUAAUGGGAAACACAGGGUUCCUGGCUGCAUUUAUAAACACUAUUGCAAAUGUAUGAUUAACUACGAUAAUGUCUUGUAAAAUGUAUCUACAGUUUAUAUUUCUGUUAUUAAAGGACACUUUUCUUUCACUGCUAAUAUAAUAAUAACAAAUAGAAAAUUUCAGAAGUAAUUACUACUUUUUUUCUUUUUUUAUCUCUGGUGUAUCAUACUAUAAUGUUUAAUGUCUUGUACCAAUAUUCCAAUCUGUUCUUAAACUAGUUAACCUAUAUUUCUGUUACAUUAGCCCAGUUAACCCCUUGUGUUGUCUUCGGGUCAAAUUUGACCCGUUUUCUAAAUGUGUAUAUCAGAAAUAUGGGUUUCUUUUUAACGACCUCAUUUUGAUUACCCAAAAAUAACAUGGACGGAUGAAUCCACACAACACGCUUCAAAAGUACAACAGAAGAUCGGCUCUCUACUUUUAUUGAAUUUGGGGUGUUUUGUAAAAUUUUUUAGCAUUUGAAAAAGAAAUUGAAAUGUUUCGAAACAGUAUCCUGACUGAACGUUGACCCUUCUGUGAUUGUCCUUCCUUUAAUAUUAGUCUAAAUAAUUCAUCACGAAACUUGGGUCUUAUUUUUCUAGUUUUGUCCAUCGUUCUUAUCAAUAAUAACUCCGAGAUUUUUUUUUACACUUUGAAAAGAAGUUCAACAGGGUAGGAACCAAUAAAUCAGCCAACUUGUACUGUAUUCAGUAAACACAGGUGAAGAGGAAAGUUAUUACCAAAGCUGUCGUAAGCACCUAUCACAGUUUACAGCCGCUCAGCUGAAUGUGGAAAAAUGUCCAAAUUGUCUAUGCAAACAUAUGAUUCAACAUAUAUGAAGGACAAAGUUCCCAAUAAUAAAUAAAUGAUGAACAUGAA